GCGGACGAUGCGACUUGCCGUUUGACGUUUAUCAUCUACUUCAUUCAUUGUCCAGACCAUAUUCAAUAGCACAGACGGGUCUUCAGCAUUUUUUGCCGUUGUUGCUGAAGCUUUAAGCCGUGUUGGUAAUCUGCUAGGGCAUAUUUUACAUUCGGACCGCUUCCGGCGAGCAAAGAAUACCUUCUCUGUUGCGGCCGGCUCUUUAUCUCUUUAUCUGUUCUUCUUGUUACUAUCAGCUGCGGGCAGUUCCUGAUACCCCAAUCAUGCCUCCCAAGUCUGCCGCGAGGAGCAAGGCGGCCGUUGACGACGAGCUUGGCGAGCUCUUUGAGGGCAUCGGCGUCGACAACGCCCCAAAGAAGACCACCACCACCAAGGCCAAGCCCACUGCGGCUGGUUCCAGGGCCAGCGCUGACAUCGACGACGUCUUCGCCGAGCUCCAGAACCAGAUUGACGAGAAGCCCAAGACCGCUUCCAGGCCGGAGACCCCUCGCGUCAAGGAGACUGGUACAAAGCGACCCCCAGGAGCUCCUUCUGCGGCGACAGCUGAGAAGGCCGACGACAAGACCAUCGCAACACCCGCCCGCAAGUCGGCCGAGAGCGCGCGAUCAUCUCAGCCGACGACCGUCCCUACCAUCGCUAGUGCCGAAAUAGAUGAACCUGCUGCCGCUGCACCCGAACCCGCUGCAGCAUCUGGCGGAGGCUGGUGGGGUGGUUUCAUUGCCAGCGCCAGCGCCACGGCCGCAGCUGCUGUGAAGCAAGCCGAGACGGCGGCCCGCCAGCUGCAGCAGAGCGAAGAGGCGAAGAAGUGGGCGGAACAGGUGCGAGGCAAUGUCGGCGCCAUUCGUGGCUUUGUAGGCGAGGAGAUUCGCCAUCGGGCCCUGCCGACCUUUAGCGAUCUCAUACAUACGCUCGCACCGCCCAUCGCCUCGCACGAACGUCUCGCGAUCCACAUCACACACGAUCUCGUCGGCUAUCCGUCUCUCGACCCGCUCGUAUACGGUGUUUUCUCCCGCGUCAUGGCUCAGGUUGAGGGCGGCGACCUCAUGGUGAUUCAGCGUGGCCAGGAAAACACAGUCCGGCCGGCUCGGUCUUCAUCCUCUGCCUCGGCUGCCGCGUCGGCCUUCUUCUCGGCCGGCCAGUCGGUCUACGGUUGGCGUGAUGGGCCAUGGUGGCGCGCCUCGGACAUGCCGAGGGACAUGGGCACGAUCAAGGGUCUUGCCGAGGGCACCAAGCUGUGCCGCGCCAGCGCCGAGGCCUACGCGUCCGAAUACUUUGCCGCCAAGGGUGGGAUCGAUCUUGCCCGCCAGCGCGCCGUCGAGCCGGUCUCUGAAGAUAACCCGGUGCGCAGCUCCGACUUGUUCCUGGCGCUGCAGGCGGUCAAGGUCGACGCGAGCAAAGACUUGUUUGCAGGCUCUCCCGCCGCCGAAGCGAAGGCGGCCGAGGGUGGCGAUGCUUCCGACGCCCACGACGACGGCAGGGGAGGCGAGGAGAUUGUAUUCGCCAUCUUUGUGCUCGAUCCCGUUCACGACAUCUCCUUCAGCACGGUCAGCCAAGCCGUGCCAGAGCAGUGGGUGCGAUGGCUCGACGCCUCGACCCCACUCACCCCGACCAGCAGCGGUGGUGACGAGUUCAGCAGCGGCGCUGCCUCCGUUCCGGAUAGCGAACAGGCCUUCUUGGACCGGGUGCCCGAGGAGAUCCGCGAUGUGGUCGAGAGCGGUGGCGUUGACCCGCGCGAAUGGGUCGCCGAGUGGAUCGAGGAGCUUCUUAACCUAGCCGUCGGCGUUGUCGCACAGCGCUACGUCGCUCGCCGUAUGGGCGUUGGCAUUGGAGGUAUCGGCAAGGGCAAGAGGAAUGUGCAGGCCGUGGUUGGUGACGGUGGUGGCGAGGCUGCUCGAGCAGGUCUCAUUUGAUCAAGUUCAAAUCGUCUACAUGUUGGUCGUUCAUUUUACUAUGGUUCGCUUGCGGCGUUUGGAUCUCGCAAUUGGCUUGUGGUUUGAAGCAAGUUUGGACAGCUGCACUUGAUGCCCAGAACACAACACAGACUGGGCAGGAGAGUCGCCUUUUUUUCCAAUUCUAUUCAUACAGUUCGGUCAUGCUUAGGUUUUUUUGCGGAAGAAGCGCGCUAGGAAUAGUGCGAAGUGUACAAGAGGUUAAACUCCUACAUUCCAUCACACAAGUCGAUAUCACGUCCCCGCUUUAUCUGGGCAACAUCAAAUGCCAUAUCCAUAACCUAAACCAUAGCCAGACUCCUCCUCCUCAUCUUCCUCUAUCUUUUCCUUCACCUUUUCCUGCUUCUUUUUCCCCUUCUCUUCCUCUGUCUCUUCCUCUUGGGCUUUUCCACAACCCGCAUCUAUCUCUGGCGUGCUUUUCCUAUCCCAGGACCCGCAGGUAUC